UUGCAUUUUUACUCUCACAAAAAAUACUCGGGGGUAACAUGGUAAGAGAUGGUUUGGAUGGUAUUACCACAUUGGUUAUAAAGAAUGAUUAUGCCAUGGACCAAUGGUGAUUAUAAAGUAUACGAGUUACUUUAUAGAAGACUAUGCGACUUCCAAUGUGUACAGCCGUGGCCAAAAGUAUUGGCAGUGACAUACAUUUUGUGUUUGCUGCUUCAGUAUUUGUAGAUUAUUUUUUCAAAUGUUUCUAUGGUAUACUGGAAAACAAUGAUAAGCAUUUCAUGAGUUUUAAAAGCUUUUAUUGGCAAAAACAUUCAAUAUGCAAAGAGUCAAUAUUUACAGUGUUGACAUUUGUUCAUCAUAACCUCUGCAAUUCGCUCUGGCAUGCUGGACAUCAGAUUCUGGCCCAGAUCCUGACUGAUGGCGAUCCAUUCUUGCCUUAUUAGUGCUCGGAGUUAAUAACAAUUUGUGGGCUUCUGCUUGUCCACUUGCCGUUUGAGGAUUGACCACAGGUUCUCUAUGGGAUUAAGAUCCGGGGAGUUGCCUGGCCACGGAUCCAAUAUUUCAAUGUAAUGAUCUCCGAGCCACUUCAUUAUCACUCUUGACUUGUGACAUGGUGCUCCAUCAUGCUGGAAAAUGCACGGAUCAUCACCAAAUUGCUCCUGGAUCAUUGGGAGAAGUUGCUCUUGCAGGACGUUUUGAUAUCAUUCUUUAUUCAUGGCUGUGUUUUUGGGCAGAAUUGUGAGAGAGCCCACUCCCUUUGAUGAAAAGCAACCCCACACAUGGAUGGUCUCAGGAUGCUUCACUGUUGGCACGACACAGGACUCAUGGUAGCAUUCACCUUUUCUUCUCUGGACUAUCGAUUUUCCAGAUGUCACAUACAACAAACUUUAGGUACAGUUGAAGUCAGUAGUAUGCCCCUAAACGAUCUCUCUCUCCCCACCAUCUUCCGCAGUUUAUCCCUCUCGGAUGCUGGAUUAGCCUGAUAAGGGACCGGGUGUGUAGAAUCACCACCCGGCCCCACCCUCCGCCCUGCCACACUUGACUUUGUUGUGCUUAAGCCAUUUUGUCACAACUUUGGAGGACAGCGAGAUGUCGGUCUGUGAGCGACGUCUCGGACCGAAGAUGAAUCUGGACCAGAGAAAUGCACCUGCGUAUUGUGUUUGUCGCAAACCGGACAUCAACUGCUUCAUGAUUGGUUGUGACAGUUGCUGUGAGUGGUUUCAUGGAGACUGCAUUAAUAUAUCAGAGAAGAUGGCCAAAACCAUCCGCGUGUGGUACUGCGAAAAGUGUAGAAGUAAAGAUGGAUCCUUAGCGAUCAAAUAUCGUCCCAAGAAGAGUCGUGAAAAAGAGAUGGAGACUGAAAGAACAGAAAAAGAGCCAGACAUGCCGGAUUUCAAGAUGGAUGGACGGCACGGGGCACGGAUUAAGCGCUCCGCUCGCAUGUGUGGAGAAUGUGAAGCCUGUAUACGCACAGAGGACUGUGGACAGUGUGACUUCUGUAAAGACAUGAAGAAGUUUGGCGGCCCGAAUAAGAUCAGACAGAAGUGUCGACUGAGACAGUGUGAAGUGCGGGCACGGAAAAUGUUGCGAGUGAAGGAUGAGGAAUACUCCAUGUCUAGAGGCAACUACCACCAAUAUCAAGAUGGUCCGCUGUCUGAAGAGUACAGUGAUAAUGAGAUGGAGUUGUAUCAGCAGUACUGCGCCGGACAGUAUGGAGACCACAGCACGGGUUGGAACAGUGAUGAGGAUGAUGGUUCAUACAGUGAUUCGGCUAUAAGAAAGAGAGCUGUCAAGGUCAAGCAUGUGAAAAGAAGAGAGAAGCGAUCUGAAAAAAAGAAAGAAGAGAAUAAGCCUCGGAAGCACAAGCCGAAACAGAAGCACCGGGACAGGGUGAGACACAGCGAAAAAGCAGAGGUUCGAGACAGUGGAGGAGCCAGACAGUGCCUCGGACCCGGAUGUGUUGAAGCAGCACGCGCCAACUCCAAAUACUGCUCUGAUGACUGUGGCACGAAACUCGCUGCCAAUCGAAUCUAUGAGAUCCUGCCCCAGCGUAUUCAGCAGUGGCAGCAGAGCCCAUGUAUCGCCGAGGAACAGGGGAAGAAACUUCUAGAGCGCAUCCGCCGUGAGCAGCAGUCGGCUCGCAUGCGACUCACUGAAAUGGAGAAACGAUUCCAUGAGCUGGAGGGCAUCAUCGCUAAAGCCAAACAACAGGUUGUACAGCAUGACGAAGAGGUGAAUGAGGGAGAUGACGACACAGAUCUGCAAAUCUUCUGUGUGUCCUGCAGUCACCCAGUUAAUCCCAAGGUGGCGCUGCGUCACAUGGAAAGGUGCUACGCCAAGUAUGAGAGUCAGACUUCAUUUGGCUCCAUGUAUCCCACACGCAUAGAAGGUGCUACACGGCUCUUCUGCGAUGUUUACAAUCCACAAAGCAAAACCUACUGUAAGAGACUGCAGGUUCUCUGUCCAGAGCACUCCAGAGACCCAAAGGUCCCUGCAGACGAGGUCUGUGGGUGUCCACUUGUCCGUGAUGUAUUUGAGCCCACCGGAGAGUACUGCAGGGUGUCCAAACGCAAAUGUAACAAGCACUACUGCUGGGAGAAACUCCGCAGGGCUGAAGUGGACCUUGAACGAGUCAGAGUGUGGUACAAGUUGGAUGAAUUGUUUGAGCAGGAGCGCAAUGUAAGAACCGCGAUGACAAAUCGUGCAGGUCUCAUGGCUCUCAUGCUGCACCAGACAAUUCAACAUGACCCCAUCACCACAGACCUGAGAACCAGCAAGGACAGAUAAGAGUGUCGCAUCCCUUUUGUGAAGAUAUAUCCGAACAGUUGUUUGCUUAAUGAAACCGCAAAGCAUGUACUACUCUUUUUUUUUUUUGUACAUGCUUUAAUUAUUACAAUAAUUUGACCCUUGCUUUCACUCUAAAUGGGGAUAUUACAUUCAGUUGCUGUGCUUACAUAUUUUAGAUUUUAUUUCAACUCAUAAUGAUGUGUUUGUCCGGUGCAUUAAAAAGGUAAACCAUGAAACCGAAGAAAGAUUAAAAAAUACUAUUCAGUGUUUCGGAAAAUGUUUAGUGUUCUUGUAUGUGGACCUCAUUUCUCAUUCUUCUACUGUACACAAAGGAAUUGUUAUUAAGCACCCUCCAGUGGUUUAUUGUGUUUAUAAUUACUGCUCUUUUAUUCAAAUAAGGUUGUAAUACUUAUUACGACAAGUGUAACUUGUAAACACAGGACAUCCCAAUCAUUUUUUACACUUUGUUAGUAUUUUAAUACGUUUAUUAUAGUCCAUGAAAAAUGUAAAAAUCCAAGCUUUGCUUUUUCAAUUGCGUGCACACUGACAAGCCUUUUAGCUGGAAUGGUGCGAUUUUCUAAGGUGAAGCAAUUCAUGCAAUAAUGUAAAUGGGAAGGAGAAUAACAAAUUAAUAAUAAUAAUAAUUAAAUACGAUGUCUGCUACAGAGAAAAACUAUUUAAAGUGAUAUUAACUUAAUAUCUCAAAUUACGUCUUCUUUGAAGCUCUAGGUCUUUUGUUUUCAUGUGCGAGAACGAGCAAGAUGAUAUUUUUGUUGCAAUUUAACAUACACCUUUUCUAUAUUUUAACCAAUUAAA